GCAGUGCUGGGAAGGCAGUUAGCAGAAGAGAAAGUGCACAGCACGCAGCCAUGUUGCAGUGGGGACGGGGCGCUCCGGCACCACGCAGCGACACAGAGGGCCCUAUGAGGCAGACAAUAUCCCACAGAUCAGCUCUGUGACACGCUCUGUCCAAGUCUGUGCAAGUGGAUGAUUCACAUCCAGUUGUUGUUUCUACUUAUCUCGUUGGGCAGGAACUUGCUUUUCUGCACUCCCCGUGCCUCAGGGCACACGGGUCAUGGACACGGCACGGAGCUGCUCCACCAACACGUCUCCAGAAGGGUUCACCUUUUUAAACUGGAAUGCUUCUUUCACUUCCUCCCCCCCCUCCCCCAACACAGCUCCUGUUGUGAGCGUCUGCUCUGCAUCGUCUCUUUCUAUCUGAGUGAGGCACAGUUACACGGCGCGGUUGGCCGCUCUGCAUGAAGCAUACAGACGUGCCCAGGUCUCCGUUGCAGUCAAAGGAAGAUGGGAGCGACUCAGAGAGUAGGCAGUGCCUACUGUGUCCUUUCAGAGGGAAAUAUUUUGGUCUCCCGUUCCGCUUUUCCUAAAUGUCUAUUCCUGUAGCCCCAGGGAGAUGCCUUACAGUGUGUUUUUCCAUGACAGAAGUUCCCAGCAAACUGAUAUUUUUUGCAGGGGUCCCACCCAGCUGUGAGCCCUCCCAGUGCGGAGUAGCAGUGAGUCACGGUGCCUUCAAGUGUGUGUGGUGCGACGGAUCCCAAGACAUUUUGGCAGCAAUUGUGGCAAAUGAGCCGUUUUGUUCGCUGGCAGAAAGCACCAGAGAUGGGAGUGCUGUCUGAGCCCUGGCAGGGUGCUUUUUUCCCCCAAAAAACCGAUCGCUUUUCUUCCUGCCAAGCAGCCUUUCUUCUCUUUUCUUUUUCUUUUUUUUUUAAUGUGCAAAAAGAAUGUAACUGUCUGCAGAAACCUCCUGGAGAGCAUCACUGCACCGGGAGGCUGGGAUGGAAAACAGGGGGAAGAACACGAUUAACCUGGGGCUGAUGGUGGGCAGGUUUCCAUCUCGCACUGAGCUCGGAGGGCUCAGCUUGCAGGUCAUAACCUUGGGGCUCUGAUGGCUUCUAGGAAGGGCCAUAAGGUGAUGGGGAUCUGCGGGCAUCCCGUGUGCUGUGCUGGGGUUCGGCAGCAUCUCCCAGUGCCUGCACCAUCGUGAUGGGGAGAGGGAAGGGAGCAAAAGAAAUCCGAGGCGUCUGUUUUGUUCUAAGGAAGCUGUCGGUGUUGCUGCUGUGUGUAAAUGAGCUGUGCUGCAUACAUUUGCAGGCAUUCCGUUGUAUUUAAGAAAGAAACACAGGGGAGCUCUUUCUGAUAUUCCCUUCCUGCAAGUUCCUUCUUUCUAUGUGGCAGUUUUCUGCUGAGUUUGCCUCUUUCUGAGCUUAGUUCCUCAGGUGCUGACCCAAAAGCUGAGCAAGCAGUGCUGAUGUGAUCCCCACAUAGAACCAAACUGUCCUGCAGCACAGUUUCCUGCAGGCAAUGACCCAGCAAAGCACCUUUGGAUACUUCCGUGUGUGAUUUCCAACUGUGCUGUGAGCAAAGAAAAGCUGUGCCGCUGCUCACUGGGAGCCAGAGGAUGAGCAGAGCUAUUGGAGAUCGAUCCCUUUGCACUCAGCCACACAUCAGUGGCAGCAGGCACAGGAAUGCCAUUACACUGAGCCCGGAGCAGCUGCCCUCGCUGUGCCCGGCUCCGGGUGUCUGCUACGUGCAGCUCGGAGUGUUUGCAUUCCUCUGCUGGGUCCCAAACCCUCCUGCAGACGGGGCCCCCCAAAUUCUCUACGGUCUGGAAGACCCAGAAUAGCCUCGGGAGAUGUAUGGGAUGUAUAGGUUGAGAUAGUGGAAAUAUGUCCUGCAUUUGUAUGACGUGUUUGGCUAUAUAUAAGGGUACAGAAAUGCACACCGUCCCCACUCAGCGGUCCCGGUCGCCUCUGCUCAUUGUCACUCUGUGAUCCUUUGCGUCAUGCUGUCUUCCUGGCAAGCUUUCCAGAUGUAGGAUUUCUAUACAGCUGAUACACUGUGCCAAGAGCUGUGUGUCUGCCAAUGCUCCCAAGCGCUGCACCUCUCAUCCCUGCGCCAGGAAUCCAAACCAUGGGCCAACAGCCAGGUGACAGCCAGCGUUAGUCACUGAUGCGCACCUAAUGGUCAGCUUCCUGGUGGAGGAGGCGCUGCCCGAGGUGGGGCACGGGACGUGCAUUCCUGUGAUCGCCAGCAAAGGCUGAAACACAGCUCCAACAGCGAGAGCAUCCCAGGGGUUGGGAAACUGCUGCGGCUCAGGGCUGGCCCUGGGUGCGUGCAUCAGCGUGAGCUCAGCAGCGAUGCUCCCCUGCAAGCACCACGGUGAUGUUUUCCCUUCGUGUCACCGCUUAGAGAAGCAAAUAAAAGGAGUCCUUGGGAAAGGCCGGGCUCCCAGCCGUAGGACAGAGUGCUGAGCGGGGGUCUGAGCAGACAUCCAUGCUACUGAUGGGAACUGCCAUCCCCUGCUGCUGGGGCUCCCAGCACUGAGCGUCCCCAUGGUGUGCUCCUGGCUUGGCAGCAGUCCUGGCAGGGAAGAGCUGCAGAGAUCGAUAGCGGAGAGGCAAGAGGCUGUGCUGCAGUCAUUAGUGCGGGAAGUGCUAAUUAACUCCUGCUUUUAGAGGUAUUUAUUGCUGAUAAAUGUAAGGAGAUUCGCUGUCAGAGAAUAAUUGUUUUGGAAGCUGUUUUGAAAUAUUUUGCUUUUCUUGGGACUGGGCCAGAGCCCCCCGUGGCUCCAACGUGCGCCGCUCUGAGAUGUCCCUGAAGCACGAGGGCCAUGCAGCUGCUUCAGCACUGAAGAGGAUUGCUGCAGACAUGAGCAACAUCAUUGAGAGCCUGGACACCCGCGAGCUGCACGUCGACGGCGAGGAGGUCGACUCGGAGGUGCUGAGUGAUCCCAAAGGUUGUGUGCUCCUUGCAGCGUGCAUCCCCUUCUCUGCCAUCUAUCACACCCGUGGAUUCAAGGAGCCGGGCACGCAGACCUACCUGACGGGAUGCCCCGUGCGUGUGCGUGUGCUGGAGGUGGAGCGCUUCACUUCCACCAAGAAGGUCCCAAGCCUCAACGUGUACACCAUCGAGCUGACCCACGGGGAGUUCACAUGGCACGUGAAGAGGAAGUUCAGGCACUUCCAGGAGUUCCACCGGGAGCUGCUGCGCUACAAAGCCUUUGUGCGCAUCCCCAUCCCCACCAGGAGCCACACGGUGAGAAGACAAUCCAUCAAGAGGGGAGAGCCACGGCAGAUGCCCAGCCUUCCACACACAGCCGAGAGCACGGUGCGGGAGGAGCACUUCUCCAGCCGCAGGAAACAGCUGGAAGACUACCUGUCAAAGAUCCUAAAGAUGCCCAUGUACAGGAACUACCAUGGAACGAUGGAGUUCAUUGGAGUAAGUCAGCUGUCGUUCAUCCACGACCUGGGACCAAAGGGCAUGGAAGGGCUGGUGAUGAAGCGCUCCGGGGGCCACCGCAUACCUGGCCUGAACUGCUGUGGUCAGGGCAGGAUGUGCUACCGCUGGUCCAAGAGGUGGCUGGUGGUGAAGGACUCCUUCCUGCUCUACAUGAAGCCAGACUCGGGGGCCAUUUCCUUCGUCCUGCUGGUGGAUAAGGAAUUCAGCAUCAAGAUAGGCCAGAAAGAAACAGAAACAAAGUACGGCUUGCAGAUAGACAAUCUCUCUAGGUCACUGAUUUUGAAGUGCACCAGCUACAGGCAUGCCCAGUGGUGGAGGCAGGGAAUAGAUGAGUUCAUUCGGAAACACGGCAAGGAUUUCCUCACCGAGCACCGCUUUGGGUCGUACGCGGCUGUGCAGGAGAACACGUUGGCCAAGUGGUAUGUGAACGCUAAGUGGUACUUUGAAGACGUUGCGAAUGCCAUGGAAGCUGCUAAAGAAGAAAUUUUCAUCACAGAUUGGUGGCUGAGCCCAGAAAUCUUCAUGAAGCGGCCCGUUGUUGAAGGGAAUCGUUGGCGGCUGGACUGCAUUCUCAAGAGGAAAGCUCAACAAGGUGUGCGAAUUUUUGUAAUGCUGUACAAAGAGGUGGAGCUGGCCUUAGGGAUCAACAGUGAAUAUAGCAAGCGGACACUCAUGCAUCUCCAUCCAAACAUCAAGGUGAUGAGACACCCGGACCACGUGUCCUCCUCCGUGUACCUCUGGGCUCACCACGAGAAGCUCGUCAUCGUGGACCAGUCGGUGGCCUUUGUGGGUGGCAUUGACUUGGCAUACGGCAGGUGGGACGACGAUGAGCAUCGCCUGACUGACGUGGGCAGCGUGAAGCGAAUGGGGGCCGUCAAGUCAGUGUCAACGGCCAACCUGGCAUCUGCAGCAGAGCCAUCUGGACACAACACCCCACAGUCUCCAGCUUCGUCCCCAGAAAGCCAUUUGUUCCAGAAGAGUGCUGAUGACGUCCCAGACAUAUCAAAAAUGAAAGGGAUAGGAAAACCCAGGAAGUUUUCAAGGUUCACUAUUUACAAGCAUCUCCAUAGACACGGCAUGCACCAUGCUGACAGCGUCAGCAGCAUAGACAGUGAAUCAAAUAAAGGAUCCAUCCGCAGCUUGAAGACGGGUGUGGGCGAGCUGCUUGGGGAAACCAGGUUCUGGCAUGGGAAAGACUAUUGCAACUUCGUCUUUAAAGACUGGGUUCAGCUUGACAAACCUUUUGCUGACUUCAUUGACAGAUACACCACCCCUAGGAUGCCCUGGCAUGACAUCUCCUCCGUGGUGCAUGGCAAAGCAGCGCGCGACGUGGCCCGGCACUUCAUCCAGCGCUGGAACUUCACCAAGAUCAUGAAGCCCAAAUACCGAUCCCUGUCCUACCCAUUCCUGUUGCCAAAAUCUCAGCAAACUGCUAACGAGUUGAAGUAUCAGGUGCCUGAUGCUGUUCAUGCCACAGUCCAGGUGAUCCGCUCUGCUGCAGACUGGUCGGCUGGCAUCAAGUACCACGAGGAGUCCAUCCACGCUGCCUACGUCAGCGUGAUAGAGAACAGCAAGCACUACAUCUACAUCGAGAACCAGUUUUUUAUUAGCUGUGCUGAUGACAAAGUUGUCUGGAACAAGAUCGGCGAUGCGAUUGCUCAGAGGAUUCUUAAAGCUCACAGGGAAAACAAACGUUACCGAGUGUACGUGGUGAUCCCACUGCUGCCUGGCUUCGAGGGCGACAUCUCGACGGGCGGGGGCAACGCGCUGCAGGCCAUCAUGCACUUCAACUACAGGACCAUGUGCCGAGGAGAAAAUUCAAUCCUGAGCCAGCUGAAGCCAGAAGUUGGAGAUAAGUGGAUCAACUACAUUUCCUUCUGUGGGCUCCGAACGUAUGCAGAGUUGGAAGGAAAACUGGUCACUGAGCUCAUCUAUGUCCACAGCAAGCUGCUGAUUGCUGAUGACAACACGGUCAUAAUUGGCUCUGCCAACAUCAACGACCGCAGCAUGCUGGGCAAGCGGGACAGCGAAAUAGCCAUCAUUGUGCAGGACACUGAGACUGUGCCCUCGGUGAUGGAUGGGGAGGCGUACAGCGCCGGGCGCUUCGCCCAGUCCCUCCGGCUGCGCUGCUUCAGGGUUGUCCUCGGCGGCUCCGAUCUCAAUCCAGACCACCAGGAUCCCGUCUGCGAACGGUUCUUUAAGGAGGUGUGGAUCUCCACGGCAGCUCGCAAUGCCACCAUCUUCGAUAAGGUAUUCCGAUGCCUUCCCAGUGACCAGGUGAAUAAUUUAGCCCAGCUGCGUGACUUCAUCAACAAGCCAAUACUAGCAAAUGAUGAUCCUGUGAAAGCAGCUGAAGAGUUGAAAAAGAUUCGUGGGUUUCUGGUACAAUUCCCCUUCCGUUUCCUGGAGGAAGAGUACUUGCUUCCCUCUGUUGGAACAAAGGAGUCCAUGGUACCCAUGGAGGUUUGGACUUAAGGAGAUGCAGACUGCUUUACUUUGUAAAGUUUGGUUCUCUGGAGGCAAACUGAUGAGCGAUAUGUGAUUUCUGAAAGCUGUUCAUUGCUAAGGGAAGCAAAAAAGAUCUCCACCAAGCUAAUGUGCCUUUCUCAAGGAUCUUGGUGGAGGAACUUCAAGCAAAUCAACACUAGAAAGGAGAGGAGCAAAAAGACUCGGAAUUUAUGACAAAUAAGAAGUUUCAGCUCUGAAGGAGUUACUUCUUAAGGCAUGUUCUGAGCUCCUAAAGGAUGCAUGCCACUUCCUAGGACAGGGAACAAAUCCUAGCUGCUGUUGUUACUACUGUCAGCUGCGUGCUGUGGUCACACAUGCGCUGUGGGAGCCUCCUCAGGCUCUGGGGCAACACGUGGUGGCUCAGCAGAGACCCUCACCUCAUUUUGGGCACCAUCAGAGCCCUUUGAGCAGCUCUGUCACUGCAGGAGGUGCUGCCCAACCAUCACUGCUUGCCAAGCGUGGAUGUUGCAUCUCUUAGUUGGAAACAUACAAACAAUCUGUUGUCGGAAUCAGUAUUUUGGUCUCUUCUCCCCUCUAGGGGAGGAAAAAUACUGUUUUUCCCUUGGCUAGAGCAAUCAGCAUUCCUAUGUGCAACAUGGUGCUGUGUGGGUGCUGACAAAGGGCAGCCUACGUGGAGCUGAAGGUGUUGGCAAUCAGCAGCUCUCUGGCCUUUACAGAAAUACAGCGCAUCACUUUGUUUAAAAGGCACAUGAAAGCUUUUUCCAGGUAUUAAACUAAAGCCUUAUGUCUCUGGAGCUGAAGGCAGAUGAGGCAUUGAGUGCGACAGGGAACAGCUACUCGUAAGCUAGCAUGAGCCAAGCUGAACACUAUGCUCUGCAUACUUCAUUCAUGCCAUUGUAUCACAUUGUAUAGGCAGACCUUUCCAUUCCUUUUUUGCUCCCUAUUUAAAAGAAGGUUGAGGACAUGAAGCCAGAGUUGGAGUGUCAGCAGGCUGUGCUCAGACUGAGCAGCCAUAUCACUCUGUAGAUGGGGUAAACGCAAGGAGAGGGGAGAAUUCAGCAAAACCUAUUCUCUGAUCUUUAUUAGACCAGCUGUGAUCCUGAGCUCAGUUGUUCAGAAUACGUCUUCCCAGGUAAAACUCCACUCCCAUGCUAUUUGGCAUCUGAAGCAGCAAUUUGAUCCAGCAUCCUUGAGCAAAACAUUGCAGAUCCUGGGCUAGGACAUGGCCUGCUAGGUGCCAGCCCAGCCUCUGUGCCAUCCUCUGUCCCGCAACAAACUGUGCCUCCUAAUUUCAUGCCCAGCCCCAGCUGCAGCCUUGGGAGAGGAGCUUCCUGUGACAAACACUAAGAACACACUGCAGGAAACCCUCAGCAAGAGCUGCAGAGCUGGGAGGCUGAGCUCCUCUGCUGCACGAGGGCUGGGACUCAGAGAGGUGUGACCUGCAUUGCUCCACAUGCCCAAAGCUGCUCAGCCAAAAGCCCAGGUGAUCUGUAUUUUUAAUUUAGCUCAUUAGCAAGUUUCUUAUUACUUUUCUUAGCUCUUCCAACAGUCUCACCUGUUUUUAACUGGAAAAGAAUUACAGUGGUCGUCCGCCUAUUCCCAGCCACGUGGCUGGCAUCGCUUUCCAGCUGACAGUCUGCUCUGUCUUCAGAACUGUAAAUAGGCACCAGGUCACUCUGCACGGCGUUGCUUGCACAAAAAGUGAACACCAACAUUCCCCGGGCAAAGCACAUUUCAGCCAUGUCCUGCAGUUCCCUCUCCUUUACACUCGUGUUUUGUAGAUGGAAUUGCAAAUUUCUCCUUUCUGUUUGGUGAACUCGUGGUCUGAUCAGCCAGGUGGAAGCGCGUGUGCAGUAGUUACAUGAUCAUCUUUGGUCCAAGAGGUUGAUGCUUCUGGCCGGCAUGCUGCUAGCAGAUAACUAUGUUCUCUUGUUUUUUAGCCUUAAAAAAAUAUCAACCUGGGGUUCCCCACCCCUCACAGAGCCAGAGCAAGGUGCCAUGCAUCAACUGUUGGCAAUCAGAAGACAUCAAAGGUGUCUUGUUAUCCCACGUCAGUGCUGGUUCAGAGCUUUUAUCUCUUGAGAUGUUUUUAGCUGAUUUAGUUGGAACAAAGCUGCUAACUUCAAACAAUGACAGCCUGUCAGAUCCAUUGCAAGUCACAGAGAUUGGUAGUCAGAGUUGAAAAGGCUCAACCCCCACCGCCCGUAUGCAUGAACCUUGAAGAAAUGUACGACUGUCAUCUUCCAAGUGCUCUUAUUGUCCCCGUUCUCUUAUUAGCAAAGACAGUUAUAAUCAUUAAAUUGUAUUGUCCUUAAGGUGGAAGCAAGCUAUUGGGGCUUCAUAGCUAUUGGUGUUAGUGGAGAACAGCUCUGCACACCUAAGCAGCAAUGUACACUCCACUCAUCUGCACCAUGAGACCACUGCUGGCCCUACCCAGGCUCUGUGGCUCUGCUCGGAGACAGCUGGAGCUUUAUUUCUUAUAUUAAGAACCCUGUGAGGUUGAAGACCUUGAGAUAGACGAUAUCUGCAACUGAACAAUCGCUACUUCUUAGGCCUUAGUGCCGGAGCAGUUUGGCUUUUCAGACCUUCCAACUGCAAAGGAUUGCUCGCAGAUGUACAAUACUGUAACACGGGACGUGGGUUCAAGCACUAGCAAGCCUGGAAACAUGCACUGUUUCUUGUGGCAUUUACUCAUUAGGACUGAAUGAAAGGAGAGAGGUUUCUCCCAGGCUUAGGCUUUAUUUUGCAGCUCAACCAAGUAUGACACUUUUUUUUCCUUUAAUUUAUUCCUUACUAGAUGCCACUUUGGGAACUCACGCUCCUUAUCUUCAUGAUUUUUUUAAAAAUUCUAAUAUUUAGGAAUGUCUGUAUAUUGUUGUAUGGAUGUUGGACUGGAUAAAUGUUUCACAGUGGAAUUGACGCAUGGUUUAUAAACAUGAGGGCUAAGAUGCCAUCGUAUGCUAAGAAUGUUGCUAACAGUAAUGUCAGAGACUCCCCGUGCUUUGGCUGCUGGUCUCAGCUUGCAGCUGGGAGGCACAGAUCCGUGCUCUGACUUGUCUGCAGCUGGCCGAUGUGUUCACGGAGGCACCAGGCUAGCAAGUCCUCAGCGUGGGUUUCUCCAGGCCGACAGUGAUGGUGCACAAUGCCGUUGUUCCUUAAAUCCACGCACAAUCAGACUCGGGCUUGGUGUGCUGUUAUCACUGCAGUGGAACAGUGCCUUUUUGCACUUGUUGCUAGAACUGCUUGGGGAUUUCAGUCUAUACCCAGCAGCUGCAUCUGUGGUCCAUGAGAGGAGGUAUCUGGAUGGUCCUUUAAAUGAAUGCUUCUUUCUCCUCCUGCUGGACGUGCAGACCCCAGUCCCACUGCCCUGCCCAGGCCCCCCAUUGCUGCUGCUCUGCACUGCCGGUGGAAGGGAUGCAGCAGGAGCUGUGGAUGUUUCAAUGCAUGCUCGUGUUUUGUGGCACUCAUCCUGCAAAAGGCCCCCAGGAGGCACUCCCUGCUGCACAGCUGAGGUCCUGCUGGGAGCAGGAUGGGGGUGAAAUCAGGAGACUCAUGCUGUGCCAGUGAGUCAAAGUGGAACACACACUGACUACAACAGACCACUGAAUGCGGUGAUUCUGUAUGAGCUUUUGUUUCCUGCCUGCUUUCUUGUUGUAUUUUCAUAUCUUUGAUAAUUCCGUUGUUAACCUCUCACUGUUCUGUCCUUGAUGUAAAUAAUUGUGAUGUUGGAACAAGGAAAGACUUGUUCCUGACACCAGGGAAAAGAGAAAAACGUUGUCAAAAGUCACAGUUCCUGGAAUGUUAUUUUCUAUAUCGUGUCUCUGGCGAAACCUGUGCCCAAUGUGAGAACUCCCACUGCGGGCUGAGUCAAGUCCCACACCCCCACCUCCAUGAGCACCCACUAUCCCUUCUGUGAAGGCUGCUGGAACCCAGUUUGUACCCUCGUUUCUGCUGAUUAUUGCUUUCCUCUCCACUCUCUGUAUGGUAAAUUAAUGUGCAUUAAAGGACUGAAAAUACAACGGAGCAUGGCGUGCUGAAA